AUGGUUCACAUUGCAUCUGCUCUCGCCGUCGGCCUUCUCGGUCUGGCUGGUGCUGUUUCUGCUCACCCCGGCCACGACCAUCGCGCUGAAGCUGCUGAGCGCCGCGCUUUCCUGGACAAAGCUAGUGUUCACCAACGCAGCUUGUCAAACACCAACACCCAGGAGCUGACCACCAACGCCGAAGACUCCAUCCUCUCCGAGGAGGCUGACACCAUCGACCCCGUCAUGGAGUACGUCUACCUCGGCGACUCUGUCUCCGACGGUAUCUUCGCCUGGAUCACCAUGGGUGUGGACCCCACCACCGAUACCACUGUCACCCCUGCUGCCUACUACACCGAGGAUGGUGGCGUUGAGAACUAG